AUGCUGGGAGUUUUUUUACACCUAACUGAGAAGGAGUGCACAGACGUUGACUGGAAAUGCCGGUUUCAUGCCUAUGAGAAGAUAUUCUGUCUACUGCGUCAGCUGGACAUGUCGGUUCUCUCAGGCUUUUUUAACGGGCCCGCCUCCAAGACAAUUACCUUUGGUCGCCAACCGACUACCUCCGCAAUUGGAAGUUCAGGAGCGGGAGCCUCCUCAAGAGCAGGACGGCUGGCUGCCAAAGUUGGUGGUUUCCGCGGCGGUCACAGUGUCCUCGCGGGACAAUCAACCACAACAGAUGGAUGGGUUGGUGGAAACCGAGGGGCUCUUGCUCCCUUGCACCCCUUCAUUGUCAACGCUAUUGCGCAUGUUUGCUGCCGUUUAAUUGGUUCCCUAGACGAUUAUAAUUCGGUUGUGGCACAGAGAACUGCUUUCCAUUUAAGUGCUCUGGACGACAACGCGCUACUUUGCUGUAUUCAGUGUCUUGAGCACCAGUUCGACACUGUGGCUGCCGACCGUUCGCUGGUUCUGCAACGAAUGCAUCAACUGAGUUGCGCUCUCUCUAACAGACAGAUAUUCUCUUGGGAUUUCUUCAUUGACCGCUUCGGAAUUCUAUCCAUCGAGGCGCAAAUAAGUGAACGAUCCAAACCUGAUAUUGACUCUGUGAAUGACCUGAACAAUAUGAAUAAACGAGGUGAUGCCUUCCAGCAGCAAUUUAAUCGUGCCGUCUUCGCCAUGGCAGGGACAGACUGUCUACCUUCGAUAUCUGGUGUUCGUGGUACUGCAGCUAGAUGCACGAAAACGACCGAUUCAGGUGAGAGGCCAGGAGCCCAGGGGUUGCACGACAAGGCUUUCAGAGGUGGACAUGCAACUGCCACAGAUGGAAAACACUCCGCAGUUAGCACGGGAAGCACCAGUGGAACUGACUUCAUGGACAGUGCGAAUAAGUUCCUCUCGUCUCUACAAAUAAAACUGGACGAGGAGGGUUCCGACAGAGGGACGCUCCAUCAAUGGGUUCGUCUUCUGCUACGCUUUAUGGCUACUGUUGAUAUCGACGGAAGUUUCCAGGGUGGAAAAAACAGGCGAGGAGCUGCAACUGACGAACUAAAGAACAAAAAGAGCCUAUCAAAAGUGCAGCGUCAUCUAGCACUGCUUCUUGGCUAUUCUGACCAGGCCUUUAAUAUUCCACCCUACAAAUUAAGAAAUUCCACGGUAUUUCAUGCCUUUAUUUCUCACGUGGCCGACGUUUUGGACCGAAAUCCCUCAAUGGGUAGCUGCAUCCUACACCAAACGCUUGUGGUCCUACAGGUUUGUGCUUCUCCUCAGCGCUACGCCAACGACUGCCAGGCACCCAACUUCACUCUGCGUCUUCUGGAACCGCAUAUUCGUCAUCACUGGCUGAAUACGCUUCUCAUUAUCCUCUACAAGUACGAAUACAACUCUCCGACGGGCCUACUUAGCAUUAGCUCCAGCGGUUCGGGUAUCCAAAAGGCAAGCGGCGACAUCCUCAGUAUCGGCGGCGACUACCCCGCCUCCCAGCUGAAUGCCGGAGGUAUUCCUGGGGCAGAGCACAAUGCAUCUAUCAACGUUGGCAUGGGCUCAGGUCGUAGUGUCGGAUUCAGUCCUGGACAUGUCCAACAAUUUGGUGUUACCAAUCCCUCGUUGUUGGCCGGUGGUAGCUCCUCUCAGUGGGGUAACUUAUCCCCAGGUGGCACCCGUGGCAUCGUGGAAUACCUGAUAAAGAUUGUACUUAACACCUUGGACACACAGGUACACGUGUGUAAAGAGAAGACCGAGGAAGAGCUGCUGGAAACUCCCACAGCAGUCCUGCCGAGAAUGCGAGAGGCAAGCGGUAUAAGCAACGAGCUCAAGAUGAAUAGGGACAUGGAAGUGCGUGUGCCAAUUCAAGAGGCAGCCGACGAAGUGGUUAUGCCGGGAAUCACAAUUUCGCAGGAAACAGUUUCAGAGGGUUCGGACAAGGAGUCAGACUCAUCUACAACGCUACCAGUUCCCAACAUCGAUUUACUCUCACCAAGCCUUCAGGAAUCUCUCCUGGCAACGGAUAAGACAAAAAACUCCUAUCUUUUUCCUUCUCGGAGUAGAACGCCAAUUUCCUCCGAAAAUCAGAAACGAAGGGGGCCAAUUCAAUAUGCAAAGGUACGCUGCGCCAUGUUUGGCAAUUAUAAGUUGUCUUUCCCGAACGUGUUUCAGCCGUCUUUUGAAUAUCAUUAA